AUGGACCCUCAGGAGGCCUGUGUGGUCUGGCUGCCCGCUAGGGUGCACGGGCUGCUGGCUGUGAUGCCUCAACUGCCGCAGAGCCUUGCUAGCGAGCCCACCGUGGCACCCAGGCCCCUCACCAACGGGGCCGCAGAGCUCUCAGGAGCCCGGGUCUGCGUCCCUGCACGCUGGGCAGGGAGCCCGCCCGCUGUCGGAUCCUGUCUGGGCAGGCUGUGGGGACAGCGGAAGCUGGGGGGACAACGGAAGCCGGGGGGCUUCAGCGGAGAGACCGGCGCCGCCGAGGCCCCAGGCAGUGCCACGCAGGCCGCCGCCGCCACCGCCGCAGACUCCGCUGCCGCCAGAGAGACAGACCCCGUGAGCGGGCCCGGGUCCAGGACACACAGGAUGCAGCCCGGCCACCAGCCCCCCGAGGCGCCAGCUGGGGCCCAUGAGAAGUCGAUGGGGAGCAGCAGUGAAGAGCCUCUGCACCAGCUGAGGCCGCUGGAGCAUGAUGCAGACGCCCCAGACAACACCGAAGCUGCCGAGCCUCCAGCCACCCUUCUAGACGGGCAGGUGCCCACAGAGGAGAAGUCGCUGCCCCGCCCAGAACAGGGCCCCUUCUUCUACAUCGGAGGCAGCAACGGAGCAGCAAUAAUCAACUCCUACUGCAAGGGCAAGGGCUGGCGGCGCACGCAGGACAGCCGCCGUGAGGACUACACGCUCAAGUGGUGUGAGGUCAAGAGCAGGGCCAACUACUGCAGCUUUCGGGAAGGCAAGCAGCUACUCUAUCAGCUGCCCAACAACAAGCUCCUGACCACCAAGAUCGGGCUUCUCAGCGUGCUCCGGGAGUACUCACGUAACAACAAGACGCCCCCUGGCACCCAGUCCAGGGUCUUGAGAAUGGAGGACUUCUUCCCAGAAACCUAUCGCCUGGACAUCAAGGAGGAAAGAGAGGCCUUCUUCACCCUGUUUGAUGACACCCAGAUGUGGAUCUGUAAGCCCACGGCCUCCAACCAAGGCAAAGGCAUCUUCCUGCUCAGGAGCCAGGAGGAGAUCGCAGCCCUGCAGGCCAAGAUCCAGAGCGCUGAGGAGGACCCCGUUUUCCGCAAGAUGCCGGUCCGAAUGCCACAGGCUCGAGUGGUGCAGAGGUACAUCCAGAACCCGCUGCUGCUGGACGGAAAGAAGUUUGACGUGCGCUCCUACCUGCUCAUUGCCUGCACAGUACCCUACAUGAUCUUCUUCGGCCACGGCUAUGCUCGGCUCACACUCAAUCUUUAUGACCCCCAUUCCAGAGACCUCAGCGGCCACUUGACCAACCAGUUCAUGCAGAAGAAGAGCCCCCUCUACAUGAUGUUCAAAGAGGAAACAGUAUGGAGCAUGGAGCACCUCAACCGCUACAUCAAUGACAAGUUCCGCAAAGCCAAGGGCCUCCCCAGAGACUGGGUCUUCACCACUUUCACGAGGCGGAUGCAGCAGAUCAUGGUGCACUGCUUCCUGGCCGUCAGAUCCAAGCUGGAGUGCAAACUCGGCUACUUUGACCUCAUCGGCUGUGACUUUCUGAUCGAUGAGAACUUCAAGGUGUGGCUGCUGGAGAUGAAUUCAAACCCGGCGCUGCACACCAACUGUGAAGUCCUGAAGAACGUGAUCCCCACAGUGGUCAUGGAGACCCUAGACCUGGCGCUGGAGACCUUCCAGAAGAGCUUGCAUAGCCAGAGGAUGCGGCCACUUUUGUCACAGCGCCACUUUGUGCUCCUGCACAACGGUGAGAUGGACCUGUGGCCACGCCUGUGGGGGUCUCACGGGGUCCCUCGCCUGCUGCCCAACUUUGUGCCCCCCUUGCUCUGCACCUCUGACCCUGAUAGGCUGGUCAGGCGCAGGCUGGCGCCCCCCCGGCGUCCCCUGUCGCCCGUCCCCAGCCCUGACCUCAUGCCUGGCCGUGAGUGCGAGCAGUCACCCGAUUGCGGUGAGGACGGGGUGCCGGAGCUGUCCCCAAGGUCUGCGGGGUCAGAAUCAUCGAGGGCAGAUCAUCGAGGCUCUUAG